AUGAGUGCACCUACCGUGGCGACGACCCAUGCCAUGUCGGAUACGCCGACGGCAGCUGCGUCCACGAGUACCGUGGAGGACGUCGCGCAUUGGGAUAGUGUGCAGACGUACGUGACGGAGCUCAACACGUACUGCACGCAGCUGCGGUGGUCGGCAAACGAACUCGAAGAAGAAGCGCGGGAAAUCCGACGGGCGCUUGCACUCCUCGGGCGCAAACAACAAGUUCAAAGAGUGCUCUUCGACAACACUACCAACAGCAACGACGACGACGAGGGGGACGAUGAAGUCGAAAUGAUGUGA